AUGACAUCAAGGCAUCACCGGCAGAACUUGUCUAUGGGACGACUCACCAUCCCCGCAGAGUUCGUCGCAGAGAGGCCACCACCACCCGACCAAUCCGACUUCGCCCAGACGCUACGGGAAGCGAUGAGCAACAUACGACCAACGAAAACCGCUUGGCAUACCAACCGAUCUUCAUUCGUACACAACGAUCUGCACAAAUGCACCCACGUGUUUGUGCGUAACGACGCCGUCCGACCCGCCCUGACGACACCCUAUCAAGGACCAUACCGGAUACUUCAGCGAAGCCUUAAGUUCUUCCAGAUUCUGGUAAAUGGACAACCGUCGCAGAUAUCUAUAGAUCGCCUAAAACUGGCCUACACAACAGACGAUCCACCCGAUUCGACGCCAAGACGAAAAGCACCAACGGACAUCCCGCCAUCAGCUGAGCAGCCAUCUCGAACCCAAGAGCCGACGUUCAGUCCAGCAUCACCAGCACAGACAGCUGAUCGAGCCACCAUCCGCAACCCAACCCCACCGAUGUUACGACGAAAGGACGACAACAUAUCGACCGGCGUUACAAGAUCACAACGCAGAGUUAUAAUCCCUCUACGCUAUCGGUAA